UGGAUUUGGAAAAGCGAAGCAAAGUCCGCGCCUCGUUUUUCGUAUAUAAGUUGCCACAAUUUGGUAGUCGAAAUCAGAAUCAACUCGUUCGCUGAGUAUUCAACAAGCACUUCUCCUUCAACAACCCAACUUCAACACCCACCCCAAACAAACAACAUGAAGUUCGCCGUUGCCGUAGUCAUGUUCGUGUGCGCCCUGGCUGGAGCUCAUGCCUCGUGGGCCCAGAUCGCUCCCGGUGUGUCCUAUGUGAGCCCCGUGGCCCAUGGAGCCGGUCUGUGGAACGGAGCCUGGAAUGGUGCCUGGAACGGUGCCUGGAACGGCGCCUGGAACGGUGCUCCCUGGGGUGCCCCUGCCGCCGUUGCCGUCCAUGCCAGCGCUGCUCCCUGGGGUCUGACCGGUGCCGGAUGGCACGGCGCUGCUGUUCCCGGAAUCAACCUGGCCCAGGGACCCGGUCUCGCCGCCGGCCAUGGCCAUGAGGGCGUCUAUGUGGCCAAGACCCGUGGUGCCAUCCACACCGCUCCCCUCGCCGGACACAUCAACUCCGCCACCUCCGUAAACGUGGCCCCUGCCCCCGGAACUCUGUAAGUCGGGAGUGACGGAUUAACCAUACCCAAACCGAUGCCAAACGGAGCGGAUGGAUGGCAGUAUCACUGAUCUCCACCUGCUUCAGCGACUUCCCACGACUACUCCAACCGGAUGAAUACCCAUCUCUCUCUGUACACUUAUUGUUAAGCACACCGCUCUUAGUCCCCCCCCAGAUACGAACACGAUCCUGAUCUUGGGUCCAUGUCCAUAUCCCCUGGACAUUUCCCAACGCACUCAGCAAUAUAUAAGUCCAACAGCAAUUACAACAACUACAACAAACCAACAAACGACAACAUGUUAAUUUUAUUUUUUGAGAACUCUUUCAAUACUUCCCAUCUGCUAUCCUGUCUUCCUCUUCUUUACAUCUAUCACUAUAUACUUCUUAUAUCUAUCACUAUCUGGCAUAUCGCCCUAGAUAUGCCCUGUCAACCUGUAAAUAUCCCAUUGUAAUCUAGUAAUCUGCAACAAUGUAAAGAUUGACGAAAGCGUUAUAAAUAAAAGCAAUCAGCGUUUUUUAUACGACAUAAA